AGCACAGCGGCUUGGACCCCUGCAGCCUAAGAGCACUGGAGGCUAUUCCUGCAAUCAGCAGAGUCCUGAGUCUGGCGAGUCUGGGUGAUCCUAGAACUCAGUGAACUCCAACUUGGAGUGACCCUUUAGGGCAGGCUAUAAGUCUGGGUCCUUGGUGCACGGUGACACUGCUGUGAAACCACCCCAAUCCGCUCUCCGGGUUUACGCCGGUCCCGGGCGCAUACGGGCAGGAGGCCGGGAGCUUGGAGCAGGAGGAGCAGCCCGGGGCGGGCUGCCAGGGCGAGCAAGCGAGCGAGGCGGGGGCGGCGGGUGCAGAACUGCGGGCGGCGGCGCCCGCGGGUCACUCUCAGGCCGGGCAGCAGCGACAGGGCGCAGGGUGGUGGGGCGCACCAUGCCCACGUUCGACCAGGCGCUGAGGAAGGCGGGCGAGUUCGGGCGCUUCCAGCGGCGCGUGUUCCUGCUGCUGUGCCUGACGGGUGUCACCUUCGCCUUCCUCUUCGUUGGUGUGGUCUUCCUGGGCAGCCAGCCCGACUACUAUUGGUGUCGCGGGCCCCGCGCCACCGCGCUGGCCGAGCGCUGCGCCUGGAGCCCUGAGGAGGAGUGGAACCUCACCACGCCGGAGCUUCACGUCCCAGCUGAGCGCCGUGGCCAAGGCCACUGUCACCGCUACCUGCUGGAAGACACCAAUACCAGCUCAGAGCUCAGCUGCGACCCACUCGCUGCCUUCCCCAACCGCUCCGCUCCUCUGGUGCCCUGCAGCGGCGACUGGCGCUAUGUGGAGACCCACUCCACCAUCGUCAGCCAGUUUGACCUUGUCUGCGGCAACGCCUGGAUGUUGGACCUCACCCAAGCCAUCUUGAACCUUGGCUUCCUGGCUGGGGCUUUUACCUUGGGCUAUGCAGCGGACAGAUACGGCAGGCUCAUCGUUUACUUAAUAUCCUGUUUCGGCGUUGGCAUCACGGGAGUUGUGGUGGCGUUUGCACCGAAUUUUUCUGUGUUUGUGAUCUUCCGCUUCCUGCAAGGGGUGUUUGGAAAGGGGGCCUGGAUGACUUGCUUUGUGAUUGUGACAGAAAUAGUUGGUUCGAAACAGAGGAGGAUUGUGGGAAUAGUGAUCCAGAUGUUCUUCACCCUCGGAAUCAUCAUUCUGCCCGGAAUUGCCUACUUCACCCCCAGCUGGCAGGGCAUCCAGCUAGCCAUAUCGCUGCCUAGCUUUCUCUUCCUCCUUUAUUACUGGGUGGUCCCUGAGUCUCCCCGCUGGCUGAUCACCCGGAAGCAGGGAGAGAAAGCCUUGCAGAUCCUGAGGCGUGUGGCUAAGUGCAAUGGGAAACACCUCUCGUCAAAUUACUCAGAGAUCACAGUUACAGAUGAAGAGGUCAGUAACCCAUCCUGUUUAGACCUUGUGAGGACUCCCCAAAUGAGGAAGUGCACACUCAUUCUCAUGUUUGCUUGGUUCACAAGUGCCGUGGUGUAUCAAGGACUUGUCAUGCGCCUGGGACUCAUCGGAGGCAACCUCUACAUGGACUUCUUUAUCUCGGGGCUCGUGGAGCUGCCCGGAGCUCUCUUGAUCCUUCUGACCAUUGAGCGCCUUGGACGACGCCUUCCCUUUGCCGCAAGCAAUAUAGUGGCAGGGGUGUCGUGUCUGGUCACUGCCUUUUUACCAGAAGGGAUACCGUGGCUGAGGACCACAGUCGCUACCUUGGGAAGACUAGGAAUAACCAUGGCCUUUGAAAUUGUUUAUUUGGUAAAUUCAGAGUUGUACCCAACGACAUUACGGAACUUUGGGGUUUCACUCUGCUCAGGCCUGUGUGACUUUGGGGGGAUCAUAGCCCCAUUUCUGCUCUUUCGACUAGCAGCCAUAUGGCUAGAACUGCCUCUGAUCAUCUUUGGGAUCCUGGCAUCUGUCUGUGGUGGCCUUGUGAUGCUUUUGCCUGAAACUAAGGGCAUCGCCUUGCCGGAGACGGUGGAAGAUGUGGAAAAGCUUGGCAGUUCACAGUUGCACCAGUGUGGCAGAAAAAAGAAAACCCAGGUUUCUACUUCUAAUGUCUGAGGCCCCUGAGUCUGCCUGGAAGACCACAGAAGCUGAGCUUGGAAUAUGCCUUGCAGUGUGCUUCACCUCCUCUAGGUGGCGCCGUUCCAAGGAACCGUAAAGAUUCCAGAGUAUUUUAUAUGGAAUAAGAUAAAGAUUUAUCAUGCUACCCAAGCUUCUGGGAACACAUAACCUUUGACCUCUUUAGCAAAGAUCCAGUAGGUACACAGAUUCUGCCUAGGUUCUCUUUCAUUGGGACCAAUGUCUCUGACCCACUGGGGAGGAGAUAUGAGAAGGUCCCAACCAGUUCUCCAGUUCUCAGGACAGUCCCAUCCAGGAAGCAGGAUGAACAUAUCAAGGCCUGGCAGUGAACGGAAGUGUACUCAGCUGAUCUGAUCAAGACUGAGCAGUGAGGAGUGUUCUGAAGAGUCUGAGAACUGCUAUUUCUGAUUCGCUUAAGCUCCGAAUACAUGCCUUCAGAGAGCCGACAUGCCUGGUGCCCCUCCCCUUCUGUCCCCAAAGCCACUGAGGUUCCAGGCCCCAGGUUAGGCACAGUUCCCUAAAUGCAACACAUCCAAGGACCCAGCUACAUUAUUGUGAAAUCACACUGCAGUCCCCACACCCCAAUAUUUUGUCUCCUCCUUCAGUGGACCGCUAUAAUCACAGAUUCUUAAUUGAGGAAGAAAAAAAAAACAUGGAUUUUGAUUUCCCGGGCCUUAGAAUUUGAAAAAUAAAGGGGUAAUUAUGUCAUAUUUGUGAAUUCCGUUUCAGUGGUGCCUGUGGCUGAGAGUCCAAAGAAUAGACUUUCUUCAUGCCAUCUGGGCACUUCCGACUUAUCUUGGGAGAAAAACAAAACACCAAAAACAAAUACAAAUACAGUUGUUGUCACUUCAUGAUAAAAGUCAAUUGUAUUCAUACUUUAAAGGAUUGGCGACCCAUUUAUAAGGGAUGUAGGAGAUACUAAUGAGGGACUGAAUUUUUUUUUUAUUAGAUCAAGACUCCUCAAGCAAAGACUCAAAUGUAAACACGGUAUUCUACGUGGUGUGCAGUUCUUGAUAAAUUUUCGGACUCAGUGUGUAUGUUAGACUGAAAGUUUCUUAAACUUCAAACUCAGUGUGGACAGGCAAAAGUAGCCUCAAAGGGAAACCUUACCGAUGUGGAAGAAAGAAAUGCAUAUGUGGAGAACAUAAGACAUGUGUGCCACCCCAGAGAAGAUGUGCGUGUGACUGUAAAACAUCGUUUCACCCUGACGCAUGUGAGAACCGAAUGUGAGUGUUCAGACUCUUGACAGCCUUUUGGGUAUUCAUUGCCACACCCACUGUGCGUGCCCGGCAUCUGUGGCCUGGUUCCCUGUGUGUUUCAUGGCUGUAGCGCGGCUCUUGUCCACUCUGCUGCCUUUGGAUUGCAUUUCAAGUUGGAAGUUCUGUUUCAUAACAAUAAACAAUUUUUAAACUGUUUUUAAAAA